ACAUUAAGCCUAGGAGGCCUAGUGUUAUGGUGGAGGAAGAAGGAGUUGCCGUCUCAAAUGCUGACAAAACAGAGGAAUCCUCCACACAACCUCAGGCAGCCAGGAAGACGUCCAGAUGGAAGCCAUGAAGUACACCACAGGUCUUGAGGAUGCAAUGGAAUUUCCACGAUUCACCUUCAAUCCGAAAGAGGGGAUUGACAAUCCAGCUUUAGUCAUCUCGGAGGACCCUGAGCCAGACCCGAGUCUGGUACCCCACCUGUGCCAGAUAAAGUGCAAGGAGGGCCAGAGUUUUGGCUUCCAUCUGCGUAUGGAGAGGAGCUGCCGGGGCUAUGUUGUCCACCAGGUGGAUCCUUGGAGUCCUGCAGAGCUCAGUGGGCUCAAGGACGGGGACCGUGUGCUGGAGGUCAAUGAAGACUUUGUCGACGACAUGGAGUUCCCCAGGGUGGUGCAGAGGAUCCAGGCGUGUGGGCUGCAGCUGUUCCUGCUGGUUCUGAAGGGGGAGGAGUAUAAGGAGGCGCUGGCCCAUGGACUGGACCUCCAGGCUCUGACCAGGGCUUACCGAGGGGAGAUGUGUUCCCGGCCCAGGUUGUGUCACAUCACCAGAGACUCUGUCUUAGGUCUGGGGAUCAGCAUCAUCCCCAUUUGUCAGAAGGGUCGAUACAUGUUGAGCACAGUAAGUGAGGGCCCUGCAGGGAGGGCAGGGGUGCGUAGUGGAGAUAGACUGGUGUGGAUCAACGGUGCCAUGGUAUCAACGCUCACCCAUUCAGCUAUCAGUAAAAUGGUGAAGAAAUGUAGCAUCUAUGUGACCGUCCUAGUCAUCAACAGAGAAAGUGAAGCGAGCUACAUCCGGCGGAAACUGCCCAUCUUGCCUAUCAUGGCUGGCUCUCACAAUCUGCCACACAGACCCAAAACGAUGCAUCUGGUCCAGGGGUCAGAUGGAUACGGCUUCCUAUUACGACAAGAGAGGUUGUCAUCAGGGGGUCGUAAUGCUCACCUACUCCGUGAGGUGGAUGUGGGGAGUCCAGCAGAAGAGGCUGGUAUGCAGGAUGGAGACUUGCUGCUGGCAGUCAAUGGGCAUCCUUCAGAGUCCAUGGAGCAUGAGAAUAUUGUCAGGAAAGUGAGGAAGAGCGGCAAGCGGGUUAGCCUCACCACCAUACCCAUACACGGAAGAGACUUCUACACGCAGUUGGGUCUAUCUCCCCUGCUAUUCCAUGAGGACAGUCUGCCAAAAGGAGAGGGGAUGAGGAAGACACAGUCCCCUUGCACUGAGAUUCAGGAUGGGCUGAGUAAAAACAAGCAUGGCUCACUUCCCUGUCCAAGAGUCUGUGUCCUCGAGAGAGAAGAAUCAGGCUUUGGGAAUUUGAAGAAUUCCCAAUCAAAGUUGUAGUAAUGAGUAACAGCUUUCAUCAAUCAAAAGUUCCCGAUAUUGAUCUGCUGUGUUUUCCACAAGCAUUGUUAUAAUGACCGAGGGCAGGUGUUAAGAUGUUUCCUAUGAGAAAUGAGUGGCACGGUAAUGACUGCAGUUUUCUUAUGUCCUGCAGGUGGUGGUAAAGGGCUCAGGACAUAGGGCUGGACUGAGGGAAGGGGAUGUAGUUGUGGAGGUGAAUGGCCAGAAUGUGGAGAAUGAGUACCUUGAGGACGUUGUGAGGCUGAUAAAGAAGAGCGCGACGUCUUUGAAAUUAUUGGUUGUGGAGAGGUCAGAGUAUGAGAGACUCAAACAGAGUGGGCUUCCAUUCACUCCUGGGGUCAUACUCCGCAGAACUCAGGUUUUAGAGAAAACGACUGAUGCUUUCUUGUGAUGGAAUGCUGAGAAGUGACCAAAGUCAUGAUGAAGACAACAUCUCACCUAACAGAGGAGGACCUGGCACUCGCACAGCAUUAUCAACAACAUAGCUGCAAUCAUUCAUUCAUGUGCCAAUGAUAAUACUGCAAAACAAUGCAAGAUUAAAUAAAUGAAGCUGUUCCCUCUA